AUGCCAAAAGAAGAUUUUGGGCACACGUAUUUUAAAAGUUUACAUUUUGGUCCCUACAAUACAUGUGGUUUACGUCUACUUCCUCCACCAUUUUUCUCAUCCAAUCAUCUGCUUCACCACCAUACAUAUGGAUUAAAUCCAUUAUCCACUGGCUCUCUCCCUCGAAACCCUUCAGUUCCCAUCCGGAUCUGUUACGUUGCAAAUAGUGAAGACGGUGGUUCUUUGGAGCAGGGCGUCGACAGCGUCACCGGUUUCCU